AUGACUGAAAAGGCAGGUUCUCCACAAGCAAGAACUAUUCUUCAGCAGUGUCUCUAUGCAAGGCUUCAGGUCAAACCUGCAGAUGAUCAGUCUGAGGCUGAAUGGGUAUUAUUGAAUUAUGUUCUACUACUUUCUUAAAUACAAAUAUGGUCUGCAUGCUCAGAAUAAGAAUUGCACCUUGCCUAAAAUAAUAAUUUGGGGACGGCUACUCAUAAGAUUUCAUGUUUUCAGAUUGACAGAGGGAUGGUGGUCUACAUCUGCUUUUUCAAAGGAGGACAUUAUCCCCAAAAUCGGUAUUUCUUGUGCUUUUUCCAGUUUCGGACAAUACUGCAAUAAAAGCAACUACCUGGGCUUCACAAGACUGUGAACAGUAAAUGUCACUGUUCUUCAAGGAAUCGUAAAGCAGUGUUGCUAGUACUGAAUGGUUAUCGAUCCCUCUGCUCUACUCCACAGUGAACACUCUGCUCAACUUGAAGCUGUGUGAAGCUGACUCUGGGAAGUAUGUGUCAGUGCUGGACCUGCCUGGGAUCGUCCUCAUCGUGCCUAAGGCUACACUGGGAGGCAAGGCCAAAGGGAAGGGCAUGCAGUACCACCCUAACAUUGGGAAAGAAGAGGGCCUACAGCUCUAUUCAAAAUGUGUCUCCCUGUGUGAGAAGGAACUGGCUUUGUCCAGUAAGAGUAGUGAGACUGGGAUGAUCGUCAAACAUGGAACAUAUGGGAACAGACAAGUGUCUUUUGUGUUAAAUCAUACAAAUAUAUAAUUAUCAGGAAAUCCAAAGAAAGUCUGAACUCAACUGAAAUAUUUGUAUAGACAACCUUGUUGCAAAUUGUUGAUGGGUUUAUGAAGGGCAAUGUGUGACAGUGGGGAUUUAUGAGCACUGCACUAGCAAAAUAAUGUCCCCCUACACCUGAAAGAAAUCUAGACAAGAGCAGAUUAAACUUUUUUUCGGCUAAGAUUGCUACCAGUACAAAAAAAGAAAUACUGCAUAUACAUGAAAACAAUGAUGGGGAGGCGAAACAGAUUUGUGAGAACUUGUAUCUGUUCCUCCGAGCCACUCGGUGUCGGUAAUGUGCCUUGCAUGUCAGUUUCACAUCGCUAAACUCCUAGAAAAACGGGAGGAAGCGUAAAGAAGACAUGGAGAUGGAUGGAAAGGUAGGGGGGUUAGGAGUUGAGGAGGACGGGAUGGAGUGGGAAAAGGUGGAGGUA